AAGUCCAGUUGCAAGUUACUGCUGAUUGGACCCCAGGUAUCAGUGAAAAAAAUAAAUAAAAAAAUUGGGUGUUUUGAAAGUGAGACGAAAGGGACGGAUUUCUGCAAAAAAAGGGAGUCAGAAGAAAAAUAAAUCUCCAUGGAUACCAUUGGGGUAGGAACGUUCCUCCUUCUGGUCAUAACCAGCAUUUUCAUGUACCUGACAUGGAACCAAAUGUACAGGAAACGUAACCUUCCUCCAGGUCCAACGCCUCUACCGCUGAUCGGAAAUUUGCUGCAUAUAAAGUUGGGUGAAAUGGCAGGAUCGUUAAUGAAGCUGUGGGACCAGUAUGGCCCAGUCUAUACAUUGUACCUUGGCAUGAGGCCUGUGGUUUUCAUUUGUGGAUAUCAGGCAGUGAAGGAAGCACUUGUAGAUCACUCAGAAGAAUUUGGUGGUCGUGGUAGACUUCCAUCAAUUGAUAAAUUUACUCAGGGUUAUGGACUUGGUUUUGCAAAUGGGGAACGCUGGAAGCAAAUGCGACACUUCUCGUUUAAGGUCCUAAAGGACUUUGGACUUGGGAAGAAAACGACAGAGUUGAAGAUUCAGGAGGAGGCAGAGAAUUUGGUGAAUGAACUUAAAAAAAACAAUGGUUUACCAGUAGAUCCAUCCAAACUGAUUAUGGAUGCUGUAUCCAGCAUAUUUUGUUUUAUUAUUUUUGGGAACCAAUUCGAUUACAAGGAUGAGAGAUACUCAAAGAUCUUCAGUUUUGCUGAAGAGGCCUUUAGUUGUAUGAGCACAACUUGGGGACAGAUGGAAGACACAUUUCCAGAGCUGAUGAAAUACAUCCCCGGGCCACACAAAAAAAUCUCAGACGUAUCAGAAGAACUGGUUGAGUGUAUACAAAAGAGAGUGGAGAUCAACCAAGCAACAUUAGAUCCUACCUGCCCCAGGGAUUACAUUGAUUGUUUCCUUAUCAAGAUGGAACAGGAAAAACAAAAUCCUUACACAGAGUUCACCACGAGAAAUCUUUUGCUAUCGAUUCACAGUUUACUUCUUGGUGCUACAGAUACUGUUGGUACCACACUGAGGCACGCACUCUUAAUAUUAUUGACAUAUCCUGAGAUACAAGCCAAAAUUCACAAGGAAAUUGACCAGGUGAUCGGAAGAAAUAGAUUUCCACUGGUGUCUGACCGGAGCCAGAUGCCUUAUACAGAAGCUGUGAUCAAUGAAGUCCAGAGAUUUGCUGAUAUUUCUCCACUGAAUGCUGCACGUGCAGUGACAAAAGACACUCAGUUUCGAGGAUAUACAAUUUCCAAGGGCACUGAUGUCAACGCAUUGCUCUGUACUGUUCACCGUGAUCCCAGCCAAUUCUCUACACCGUACAAAUUCAACCCCAACCAUUUCUUAGAUGAGAGUGGUGGAUUUAAGAAGAAUGACGCUAUGAUGGCUUUUUCUGCAGGAAAGCGGAGAUGUCCCGGAGAGGGCCUCGCUCUCAUAGAGCUCUUUGUAUUCUUCACCUACAUCCUGCAAAACUUCACCUUAACCUCAGAGAAAAAGUUUACUGAUGAUGAAAUUGCACCAAAAUUAACUGGAUUUGUAAAUCACCCCAUACCCUUCCAACUCUCUUUCAUUGCUCGAUAAUAUUUUUGUCAUAUUAAUAAAUCAUUUCUUUUUCAAAGUUUUUGAAAUUUUUGUCUGUAAAUUUUGUCUUACUUUGUCAAUGUCCAUAUUCAUCAUUAAUGUCUGUAACUUUAUUACUUAUGAAAUAAUACCAAUAUGUAAAUGUCAGUCUUUGUUUGUUUUAUAAAUUCAAGAUAAAUUAAAUAUUUGAAAGGUA